AUGCCACUCCGUCAUGCCCCCCCAUCCGAUCCGCCCGGGUCCACAUUCGGGAGCUACCCCGACUUUCAGGGCAAGCUACCCGACUACACUGGUGGCUCGGAGCCGCUGGGCACCGUUCACCCCAAUCAGGAGAAGCUCAUAUCCCAGAUCUCGUCCUUCCUCUCCGAGGUCGAGAACCUAACCCCAGGCAAGUCCCUCGAGGACCACCUAAACAAGUCCUACGGCCCAGGCACCCCGCACUACGACGCCCUCGCGGGCCUGAUCAAGUCCGGCCUGGACGAAGGCUGGGUCGCCAACAUCCCCAUCGACGGCUCCCGCUACCGCCGCUCGCGCGUGUCCCCGCCGACCGAGGCCACGCGCUUCUGCUCCGUCACGACCGUCUACAUGGCCACCGUGGGCGGCGAGGAGGACUUCAAGGGCCAGUACCACGCGCACCCGUACGGCGAGAUCAACUGCGUCGUGCCCAUCGACGAGGGCGCCGAGCUGAGGGGGCUGAACGGGUGGAUGGGCAAGGGGUGGACGAGCCCGCACCCCGGGAGCCAUCAUUAUCCCCAGUGUCGCAGGGGCGGCGUCGUGGCUUUGUUCUUCUUGCCGGCUGGCAGGAUCAGCUACGACGCCAAGCCUGAGGAUGCGAUGCCUCCUGGCGCUUGA